AACCAAAAACUUGUUUAGAUUUUCCAUUCGCCCUACAGUUCUCAACUAAGUACCAAUAUACAUGGAAUUGUUUAUUAGGUCAGAGUUUAUGAUACGCUGAGGCCUAGGUCAUUUUGGAUGGUCAUUGGAUAAUAUUUCGGUGGAUAUUUAGGAAUACUUUUUAGCAUUUUCUUGGCAUGUCUACAGGGGACAACAGCAACUCCUCCAGAUACACAGAACUUUCAUUCCAGCUUGUCGAACUUUAGCAGAAAUAUUUUCACGGAAAUAUUUCAAACUAACAGCGAGGACAAUAUUAUAUUUUCACCAUUUUCUAUUCAGACAUGUUUGGCCAUGGUACGUAUGGGGGCGGAUGGUGCCACUGCGGCCGAAAUGGAUUAUGGUCUCACUUUUACGAGCCAAUCAGAGGAAAAUAUUAGCGCGAAUUAUCAGGAACUCUUAACAAAAUUUGAGGAUGGAAAAAUCUUGAAAAUUGCCAACAAAAUUUAUGUGGCCAAUAAAUAUAGUCUGAAAAAUACUUACCAUGAAAUACUGGGUGAAAAAUUCUUUUCCUCUGUGGAAAAUGUGGACUUCACUCAAAGUGAAAAAACUGCCGAAUUGGUGAAUUCUUGGAUUGAAUCCAAAACCGAUAAUGCCAUACACCACAUUAUCAGCCCUGACACUCUAACCAACGAUACCCGCCUAAUGCUUGUCAGUGCCAUCUAUUUCAAGGGUAAUUGGCAAAAACCUUUCGAUACGAAGUACACCCGCGAAGCCGAUUUCUAUAUGGCUAAUAAUAAAACCAUGAAGGUGGAAAUGAUGUUCAGAGCAGGAAUGAUGUCAUGUGAUGUUAUUCGCGAAUUGGAUGCAAAGGUCAUUCGCCUGCCAUAUAAAGAUUCCGAUCUAUACAUGAUGAUUAUUUUGCCCAACUCUCGAAAUGGUUUGAAAGAAUUGAUGGAGAAAUUAAAAACAUUUAGCUUGUCAUCCCUGACCCUAGAAAGGCUAGGAUAUUUUGGGACUUUCCUUUAUUUGCCGAAAUUCAAGGUCGAAUUUGAGAUUCUCUUAAAUGAACCAUUGAAAAAGCUGGGCAUGCAGCACAUGUUCACUGAUGCAAAUUUGAGUAAAAUGCUAACAGCUAGUGAACCUCCUCAGGUCACAAGUGUCAUCCACAAGGCCUUCAUUGAUGUCAAUGAAGUGGGUACCGCCGCCUCUGGUGCCGCAGGAAUUCCAGUUAUGACUAAAACCAAACCCUUCGAUUUCCGAGCUGACCAUCCAUUUUACUAUGUCAUAAUGAAUGGCGAUUCGAUUCCCCUCUUUCAAGGAACCUUUGUAGGAAUAUAAUCAAUUAAAGAAUGCAUCAAUUUCAAA